CAAAGUUGUGAUCUCAACUAACAUCAAUUUUAUGCCGCGUAUGAGAAAAAGAGUGCCGAAGAUUUCCAACAUUACAUAAACACACACACACACUCUGUUAAUAUCUUUGUUGUGUCAUUUCCUUUCCCUUGAUUCUUACGCUUACUCUCUCCACCUCUUCUUCUUCUUCCUAUUAACAGAUCUCUCUUUCUCUAUCUUCAAAAACCCAAAUCAAAAACACCAAUAAUUCAGAUGGCAAUGCAGGAAGCAGCUUCUGCCCCUGCUCCUAGUGCUAAAGAUGUUGGCAAUGCCUUCGUGGAGCAGUAUUACCAUAUUUUACACCAAUCCCCUGGAUUGGUCCAUAAAUUUUAUCAGGAUUCGAGUUUGCUAAGUCGGCCUGAUGCUGAUGGCACCAUGACAACUGUGACUACCAUGCAAGCAAUCAAUGACAAGAUUCUUUCCUUGAAUUAUGAAGACUACACAGCUGAGGUGAAAAAUGCAGACGCUCAGGAGUCUUAUGAGAAAGGGGUAAUUGUUCUCGUGACUGGUUGUUUAACUGGAAAGGACAACAUAAAGAAGAAAUUCUCUCAAACUUUUUUCCUCGCUCCACAAGACAAAGGCUACUUUGUUUUGAAUGAUUUAUUUAGGUUUGUUGGGGAGAAUGGAUCAUUGCCCAAUAAUACUGUCUUGGUUAAUGGGGUCAGUGAAGAUGCUACACCAAUAACCCCUACAGUAGAACCAGGCUGGGGAGAUAUUUCAGUAGCAGAUACGACUCAGGCUUCUGGUAAUCUUACAGUUGAUCCUGCUACUUCCUUUGAGGAUAAAGAUCUUAAUAAUGGCGCUGAAGUUUGUGAUCCUUCUGAUAAGGAGGAAGGAUCGGUGAAUGAAGAAGAGGUUGUUGACCCCCAACCUGAUUCAACUUGCAAUAUAACAAGUGUUGGUGCUUCUCCUGCAAUCCUGGAGGAUGCUCCAAAGAAAUCUUAUGCUUCAAUUCUGAAAGUAAUGAAAGGUAAUACAGUGCCUAGAUCAGUCCAUGCUGCUACCACUAAUGUGAAGGUGGCACCUAUAAACUCUGAAAAGCAAUUGCCCAAUUCCACAAAACCUGCUUAUGCAUCAGAGGCUAUUGCUCCUACUAGUGGCAGUGCUCAAAGUAGUGAUAUUCAUGAAGAAGUAGAAGGCCACUCCAUAUAUGUACGAAGUUUAUCUUUUAAUGCAACAGAGGCACAACUUGAAGAGGCUUUUAAGAAAUUUGGGCCUAUUAAAUGCGGUGGCAUCCAAGUUAGAAGCAAUAAGCAAGGGUUCUGCUUUGGCUUUGUUGAAUUUGAAACAUUGAGUUCCAUGCAAAGUGCACUUGAGGCUUCGUCUAUUACUGUUGGGGAUCGUCAAGCUAUUGUUGAAGAAAAGAAAACCAACAACCGAGUUGGUAGCAGUGGAAGAGGAAGGUAUUCCUCAGGAAGAGGUGGGUUUCGGAGUGACAGUUUCAAGAAUCGGGGGAACUUUGGUGGUAGCCGAGGCUAUGGUAGGAAUGAAUUCAGAAACCAGGGUGAAUUCUUAGGGCGACCCAAGGGUUCAACUGGUAGCAAUGGAGAGGACUUGCAGCGGACUAAUCAGAAUGGAAGCAGAAGGGGAGGGCGUCAAGGUGGGGUAAAAGGUAGUUCUGCUAGUACUGGAACAUAGGCCAAAAGAAGUGAAUAGAUGAAUUUUUGACUGUAUGACAGUAUAAAUGAGGGGUAUGAGGGCACUAGAAAUUCAGAGAUUUUUCACUUACAACAUUGCACAAGAAUAUUGUUGUGAAUCCUUUUCUUUUUCUUUUCUUUUAAUCUUUUUUGUUUUUAUUUUUAUUUUUAAAUUUAGUUCCCCACAGGGGGCUUUUCAUAAAGGCUUCCAUGACAUGGAAAUUGUGUUUUGGUGCGAUCAUGUAAUUUUUCAUGGAAGCUCAUAUAAAUUUGUGAAGGUGCUCUCGCCUUCCUGUUCUCUCUUCA